AUGGCCGAAAACAAAUUCGUCAAUAUUGACCGCGAGAGCUUCCCCUAUGUCUUCAUGAAAAAUGUGGACAUCCCGUUAAAGACACACGAAAAGGGUAUUCUUCGGUGUAAUGUCUAUCUCCCUAAAGAUAGCGUCCCAUUUGGCUCGAAGACGUAUCCUGCCAUUGCCACGUACGGUCCUUACGGCAAAGACGUUCCGUAUGAGAGCUUUUUCAAGAAGAGUUGGGAUCAGGUCAACCCUGAGAUGAAAUCAGCUCAUUCAUCUUGGGAGACCCCUGAUCCAGGCUUCUGGACGCGCCAGGGUUAUGUCAUUGUCCGCGUCGACGAACGAGGAGCCGGGCAGAGUCCCGGGGAGCUCGAUACGAUGUCGCGUGGGACUAGCGAGGCAUUCUUCGAUGUCGUCGAAUGGGCUGCGGAACAGGAAUGGUCCUCCGGCAAGGUGGGUUUGCUGGGGAUUAGUUACUAUGCUGGCACUCAAUGGAGAGUCGCCGCGCGUCAACCAAAGGGUCUCGCUGCGAUUAUCCCUUGGGAGGGCAUGAGCGACUACUAUCGUGACCGGGUUCGCCACGGCGGUAUCCUGUCGGAUCGAUUUAUCGGUGGGUCCUCUCCAUUCCAGAGUGGAGACCACGUUGCUUAUGUAGGCUUUACGGCGACAGAUUUCUGGUGGCACAACGGUGUUCAGCCUAAUCAGUACGGGAUGCCCGGCCGCGCUGCUCGCAAAUGGGGUGACAAUACUCUUGAAGGCGACUUGGAUCCUGAAACUUUGGUCAAAAAUCGCCGCAACCAGACUCUGGACACUGCAACUCACAAGUACAUGGAUGAGGAAUACUAUAAGUCAAGGAACUUUGAUCUCUCCGAUAUUCAGGUUCCUUUGCUGAGUGUCGCUAAUUGGGGUGGCAUUCUGCUUCACCUGCGUGGAAAUGUAGUCGGUUGGAUGCGUGCAUCCUCGUCUUACAAGUUCUUACGUUUUAUCGUUGGCCGUCACGAUCUACCUUUCUAUUACCCUCAUUCUGCCAAACUGCAGCUCUCUUUUCUGGAUGCCUUCUUGAAAGGCAACGACUAUGACGGUUGGACGUCGGGCAAGCAGGCUCGGGUCAACAUCUGUGUGCGGAAAGGAAACUGUGGGGUGGAUGACCCCGAGAGGGAAUUGAAUUUCCCCAAUCGCGACGAGAGCAAUUGGCCCAUCCCGGACACCCGAUAUACGAAGUUUUUCCUCACUCCAGACCGGAUGCUAUCUCAGCAACCGAGUCUGGUGAUAGACACUUGCACCUACGAUGCGCUCAAUGACGAGCCUAUCACCUUCGCCUACCGUACCGAAUCCGUCCUUGAAAUUACCGGCCAUAUUGUUGCCCAUCUGACCGUUUCCUGUUCACGACUCAGUGCAGAGGCGACAGUGCCUACUGAGGUCGAUUUGUUUGUCACCCUGCGCAAGCUCAAUGCCAAUGGUGAAGAGGUGUUUUACACUGGUACCAUGGGCGACCCUGUGCCUGUUGUGAAGGGCUGGCUACGGACAUCGCUUCGCAAGAUCAACACGACGCACCCCUUCCACCAAGAUAUCUUGCCCUACCGCGAUUACUUCGGUAGCGACGUGCAGCCGGUGUAUGAAGGCGAGAAGUAUAAAGUGGAUGUUGAGGUUUGGCCUACAAGCACUGUCCUCGAGCCUGGCGAGACUCUGGUACUUGAGAUUGCUGGACAUGAUACUCAGGGGGUGGGUAAAUUCUCCCAUGAGCAUCCCAAGGAUCGCGACCCGAAAGCUCUGGCGGGACUUAAUCACAUUGAGGUCGGCCAGGAGCAAAGUUGGAUUGUUCUUCCUAUCAUUCCGUCUCGGUAG